UUCGUGUCGUGUGUCCACACUUGCUGGAUGAUCAUUUGACAGUCAACGCAUGUUCAUACAUGGUACCAAGUGGAUAUGCUUGUAUAUUGUUGAUUGAACAUUUAAAUGUCUGAUAUUCACGUGCUUGAGGCAGUUGUGAUAACAUUGAGUUUCAGAGACACUCUGACAUACACAAUGAAUUCUGAGAUCCAGGAACUGUGUGAGCGACUCAUCCCUGCAGGGUAUAUACAACAAGGAGCACAAGCCAGGCGCAUUCAUGAAAACAAGAUCAGACAUUUCUUACAACAGAGAAAGUUGCCAGAAGAAGGCUGGGAAGAUGCUACAAUAGAGCUAUUGUUACAAGAAUUUUCACUGAUGGAUAGUAACAACUUCCCAGGAAACUGUGGCGUGGGGGAAAGAGAAGCUCGCAUAGCAUCAGGCCUGGUGGCCAGGAGACACUUCAGGUUAGGUCAUGGUAUUGGACGGUCGGGUGACAUUGCUGCCAUCCAACCAAAAGCUGCGGGAUCAAGUCUCCUGAUGAAAUUGACCAAUAGCAUGGCCUUGGAUGUGCUUAAGCUGUCAGGUGUGCAGUUAGUAGCAGGCUGCUUUGUUGUUCCCAUGGCAACCGGAAUGAGUCUGGCACUGUGUAUGUCCACUUUCCGUCAGAAGAGAAGAAAGGCACGUUAUGUUCUUUGGCCGAGGAUUGACCAAAAGUCCUGCCUAAAGUCUGUCCUAGCCGCAGGGUUUGAGCUGGUUGUUGUGGAGAACAGACUUGAAGGAGAUGAACUGAGAACUGAUUUGGUCAGACUAGAAGAGAAGAUGAAGGAGUUAGGAGUUGAGAACAUUCUAUGUGUCUUGUCCACCACAAGCUGCUUUUCUCCUCGUGUCCCGGACAGCCUAGAGGAGAUUGGCAGUCUAUGCCAGAAGUACAGCAUUCCUCAUCUCGUCAAUAAUGCAUACGGAGUUCAGGCCUCAAAGUGUACACAUCUGCUGCAACAGGCAGCACGUGUGGGCAGAGUUGAUGCAUUUGUUCAGAGCACAGACAAAAACUUUAUGGUUCCUGUAGGAGGCUCAGUUAUAGCAGGCUUUGACAAGACUUUUGUUGAAGAAAUCGGGAAAAUGUACCCAGGUAGAGCGUCGGCUUCCCCGUCCAUUGACCUGUUUAUCACUCUCCUUUCCCUUGGGGCUCAGGGCUACAGGAAGUUGUUACAUAAGAGAAAGGAUAUGUAUAUCUACCUUCAUCAGAAAAUGACAGUGUGUGCAGAGAGAUAUGGGGAACGAAUCCUCCAGACAAAACACAACCCUAUCUCUAUAGCAAUGUCUCUAAGUAAACUGUCUUCACAAGAUGCCAGACUGAUCACAGAAGUGGGCUCCAUGCUAUUCACUCGUUUUGUUUCAGGCACAAGAGUUAUUGCCUCUGGAGGAACAGAAUCAGUGAUUGGUGGCCGCACAUUUCGUAAUUUUGGAGCUCAUUACGACAAUUACCCAUGUCCAUAUUUAACAGCUGCGGCAGCUGUUGGCAUGACAACAGAGGAUGUGGACAAUUUUAUCAGUAGACUGGAUAAAACUCUGAGCAAGUACUACAGGUCAGCACCCAUUGAAAGACCCAGUUGUGAUGUGAAAGAUAUACCAACUAACAAAGGUGAAGCUGACAUAGUCUGAAGAGAAGGAUUGAGACUUCACCUCAAACUGCCAUC